AUGCUUGGUGGGAAGGAUAUUGUAUUUUUUUUUUUACACUUUUUUAAUCCUGUUGGAUGCUGUUUUUCUCCAGUUGCUUUUCUUGUCGUGUUUUACCACAGAGUAAUUGUGCAGGUGGGACUCAUCAAACCAGGAAUGCCGAUGGAAAUUGUUCUCAACAGAGAAUCUCAGCGAAAGACUCCUAGUGUCUUGUCCAUUAGAAACAACGAGAGGUGCUUGCUGUUCGGUGAUGCAGCACAAGCGAUUGCCUCCCGACAUCCUGCCAGUGUCUAUGGACAUCUACUGGAUUUGGUCGCUAAGCAUGCAGAUCAUCCCUCAGUGGUUUUAUUCCGAGAACGCUUUCCACAGUUGAGAAUGGAAAAAGAGGAGAACAUGAGUACCAUCGUCUUUCCGAUUGGCGACACUGUUUAUUCGGUCGAAACUCUACUUGCGAUGCUAUUGACGAAUGUACGGGAGUUUACUGAAGCUUACGCUGAGACGGCUAUUCGUGAUGUUGUAAUUAGCAUACCUGUAUUUUUCACGCAUGCAGAACGCCUCGCUAUUGAAAAAGCUACAGAAAUAGCUAAGUUGAAUCUACUACAGCUCAUUAGUGACGGAACGGCUGCUGGUCUCAACUACGGAAUGUUCCGGCGGAAGGAAAUCACCGAAAAACCACAACGCCUUUUAAUUUAUGACAUGGGCUCAGCAAAGACUGUAGCGACUAUUGUGGAAUACAAAUUGGUGAAAGCCAAAUAUGGCAAUGAGCCGAAGAUGUCCGUACUCGGUGUAGGGUUUGAUCGACGGCUUGGUGGGUUAGAGAUGACAAUGCGGCUGAGAGAUCUUCUGGUAAAAAAGUUCAAUGAGAAUUACAAAUCACAGAAUGAUGUCAUAAGAAAUGAGCGUGCUAUGGCGAAAUUAUUCAAGGAAGCGGAGCGUCUUAAGCAGGUGUUAAGUGCAAAUCUUGACCAUUUUGCUCAAAUCGAAAGUCUUCAUGAAGAAAUCGACAUGCGUGUGCAAGUCACUCGUGAGGAAUUCAAUCGGCUAAUCGAUGAUCUAUUGACACGUCUGGUUGUGCCAAUAGAACAGUCACUAAAAAUGGCCGAAUUGCAACUGGACCAGAUUGAUCAAGUGGUUUUAAUGGGUGCGGGUACUCGUGUGCCGAAGGUGCAAGAAGAGCUGCAAAAGUUCAUCAAAGGAAAGGAACUCGGUCGCUUUUUGAACACCGAUGAGGCUAUUGCCAUGGGAGCGUUGUAUCAGGCUGCUCACCUAAGUAAAGGAUUCAAAGUGAGACCAUUUAUUGUUGAGGAAUUGGUUAUUUUUCCUGUACAGGUAGGUCAGUUUCAUAAAGAGUUCGAUUCGCUUCUUCCAAAACUAAAUACAAUAUCCGUGUUCGGCGUGGCAAAAGCGCUUGAAAAUGAGUUAAAGCCUGAUGAGACAGAUUUUGUUGGAGUGAAGAUCGGAUUUCUAGUGGACUUGUCGGGAGUCCUUCGUAUUGAGAAGGCUGAGGCAGUAAUCAAACGAAAAACUAUCACGAAAACGAUUAGUGGUUUCUUUUCAAAGAAGGCUGAAGAAGGAGAACCGACAGAUUCUGACGAUAAGAAGGAUAAUGGAAUUGGUGAAGCUGUAAAUGAUGCAGAGAGUUUUCAAUCUACUGAUAAGAAAUUGCCUAGUACGGAUGGCAACCCUUUAAACGAUGUCGUCGAAGAAGUGGAUAAGAAAGAUGUAAAUGAGAAUGAGAAACAAUUAGAUGGGAAGAAAGAAGAUGAAGCGCAAGAUGAUAUGAAGCUUGAAUCUGAAGACGGAAAAGGUGGUACAAUAGAAAGAAACGCAUCUACAGAACAAAAUAAAGAAAAUACAACAAGUGAAGCGUUUACGAAGGAGAGGGGUAAAACCCCAGAAGUUGUACGAGUCGUGUUGAAGACCAAGGAAGAGUACCCAACUGUCCAUUUGAUGAGCAAGGACGAUGUCAGUGCUGCCAAGAAGAUCUUGGAACAAUUUGAAAAGCGCGAACGUAAUGCUCGUGAACGUGCAGUGGCCGUGAAUGAAUUGGAAAGUUAUACAUUCGAUGUGAGCCAAUUUAUCGAAGAAGAAGAAUAUAUAAAACAUUCUACGGAAACGGAAAGGAAGUUGCUGCAAGACGAGGUGGGACAAGUUUUCUCAGGGCGAAUAUUUUAG